GACGCCACCCUUGUUCAGUCUGGACCAAUACAACGGAGAGAUCCGGACCAUGAGGAUGUUCAGUUACAGAGAUCCACGCCACCAGAGACUGGUUGUCGUUGCCAAGGACAAUGGGGAUCCUGCUCUGUCUGCUACAGUCACCAUCAAGCUGUCCACAGUGGAGACUGCAGUCAAGGCCUACUCUGACAUGACUGAGGUGCCUCUGGAAUAUGACAUCUUUUCUGACCUCAACCUGUAUUUGGUCAUCGGUCUGGGCUCCGUGUCAUUCCUGCUGCUCAUCACCAUCCUGGUCACCAUCGUGCUCAAGUGUCAGAAGCCCAAACCCAGCAAAGCUGCUCCUCCCAGCAGGAACAGUGUGAUCAGUGAGAGGAACUCCACUGUGGCAGAUUCCACUCUGGUCUCCAACGAUGCCUACUGGUACAGUCUGUUUCUAGCAGAGACCAGGAAAGGAAAGCUGGUGGUCAGACAGCCUGUGCCAAAGGGCUCCAGAUACAUCGUGUCCAGUAUACCAAGAGGGACAGGACUGACAGAGACUAGUGACUCAGCAGCUUCUACUCUGCAGGCAUCCAGCACCAGCAGCAGCAGUUCCACAUAAGGCCACCCCUCCAGAUGUGUGCUGGAUUGAUGCUGACAGGAAAAAACUUCACAGAGGAAAGGAGAAACCCCGAACCAUGACACCCCCAUGUCCAUCCUGCUCAAUCUGGUCCUUACAUAAUGUUCAAUUAUCCUGCUACAACGCCAGUGGACUAUGACGACUAAUCAGAAACAUUUUCCUGCCCCUCUCUUUCUUCAAGCACAUGAAAAACCAGUCAACAAUGCCUCUUUGUCUGUUCAAUAUGCAUGAGAAGACUGCAUGGCUUCAACCACACUCCAAGACUUUCAAGCAAAAAAAAAAAAAAAAAAUCAAGAGGAGACACUCACAAAGCAGACUGUAAAAAUCGUACUAGUGAGUAUUCAAAGAAGCCACAGCAAGGACUGUAAGAGUGGACAUGGGAAUGUUGAAAUGCCUUCAAGAGACACUUUUCCUUCUCUAAAAAAGAAACACAUGUUGGUUGUUACAAUUUCAACCUCUGUGCUUUGUCUUGCGUCAAAACAGCAGUGAUGUAUAAUAUAUAAGUUACAUAGGAAGUGAAAUAGCACAAUUAUUUAAAUGUCAAAAAGCACCAACCUACAAUUUUAAAAGAUGAAUUGAAAGGGAAUCAGUAUUUUAUAAAUGUGGUAACUUUUAGUAAUUUUCUGUUUUGUACUUGACUUUGUGCAUUUUACAUGAGCUAGGCCUGAAUAUAUGAAUGCGAGUGCUGAGAGAUUUAAUUAAGUUAAUGAGUACAUCAAACAGAUAAGAGUGAGGCCUUUAGCCAUCAUGCCUUUCAGUUGUUUUUGCAUGAAAUAAUCAACAUACUUCGAUAGCUUUAGAUAAUUUAUUAUAUUAAGCAAAUCCGUUUUCUGCAGUUAGUCUGAGUGUUUAUUAUUUUUUAUCAAGAUGGAAGAUUACCUUUUAAUGGGACCACAAUGAAGGAGUACAAGAGCAUGGUACUUAUCACAAAGUUCUGACGUGUUCAGAUUGGAUCAACAAAUUUGUAAACUCAUUCCUUUUUCUAGUUGAGGUGAGAGCAAAAUGCCUGCAGAAUGGCAUUUCUGAAUUCAUCAUAUUAAGUGUAUUCAUAGCUUAAACUUAAGUGUGCAGUGUGCUUGAAUGUUUUGUCCACUUGGAGACUACUUCAGAAUGAGUCUUGGGGUUUGAACCGAACUUAAGUGAAUGCAGUGAGUAUUUGAGAAUAGACUGAUGUCUCCUGUUGAGUACUGUACAUACACUACAAACACUAACAUGUGCUUUGUUUAUUUCUAAAUCCAGACUCUGGGUGCUCCUUAAUUUCAGUGUCUUUUGCUGUUGUGUAACAUGAACAUAAACAUUCAAUGCUUACUUUAUAAUACUGAACAACAUAACUGUGGUUGAUGUUACCAGUUGAAAGCUAUGCUCUUGUAUAUUACUGACUACAGUAUGUAUCUAUAUAUGCAAUGCAUAAAUUGGGGUACAGAUGAAACUCGUAUAUACAGUAUAUCAUAUGUCUUUGUUGACUAUAUGCCUUUCACUUUCAAUACCAGUGCUUUUGAAACUUUUUAAUGUGAGCAAAAAUGUGGAUCUCCUGUGCCAUCAGAUUUAUGAGCCAAAACAAUCAGACAUUAUGUAGUCAAACUCUUUAGCACAGCUCACAUUGCAUUACUUGUAAGAAUUUGUAAUGUGAUAAAGGCAAAACAUACAGUAAGUGCUUUUGUACAGUGGUACUUCUAUGGUGCAACAUAUAGUAACUUGUGUAAUGUGAGCUAAGUGUAAUGCUAUGGUCUGGUCUGUAUGAUCUAUUAAAUGCAAACACAAUACAAACUAA